UUAAAGCCUGUGUUGUGUCAUCAUAGGUCUCUCUAACAGAGCAGAUGCACAGAGAGACAGCUUAGCAACACAGACAGGCACAGGCAAAGGGGAACCUGGACCAGCCAAUAACAUAGCCUAGUAUACCGUUUUUACAGGUUGGAUAUGGCCAGGUUGGAUGUCGCAGAGACCUUUCAUGGUAUUUUGUUUCCGGGACACCUGCACACCCAGGAUUCCUUACAACUUGCUCUCAAAUUUCCAUUUCAGGAUACAGAUAUCGUCAUUGUCUCCUAUCCAAAGUCAGGCACCACAUGGAUGCAGGAAAUUGUCACUUUCAUAUCCAGCAGAGGCGACCCACAUGUGUCCCAAACUGUACCAAACUGGGCUCGGGCUCCCUGGCUGGAGCAAAUUUAUUUCCCUGCUAUACAGGAGGCAUCCAACAGCACACCUCGAGUCAUCACCACACACCUGCCUCAUCACCUGCUGGGCCCUGCACUGCAGGGCUCCAAAGCAAAGGUCAUCUAUGUGAGCAGAAACCCUAAAGAUGUGGUGGUGUCUUUUUUUCACUUCCACAAAAUUGCCAACUUCUUCCCGGAGGCUGACUCAUUCCCAGAGUUUUUAAAUCGAUUCCUGGAGGGGAAACUGCACUAUGGUUCCUGGUUCGACCACAUCAAAGGCUGGACUGGUCAGAUAGGAACUAUGAACAAUCUGCUUCACAUCACAUAUGAAGAUAUGUCGUUGGACUUACAUGGCGCCAUACAGAAGGUGAGCUCUCACCUAGAGAUUCCCCUGCUGGAGGAGGAGGUCAGCAACUGUGUGAAACACUGCAGCUUCAGCAGCAUGAAAGACAACAAGAUGGUCAACUACACCCUGAUCGAUGAGGAGAUAAUAAAUCAUGGCAAGGGCUCCUUCAUGAGGAACGGUAAGAUUGGAGACUGGAAAAACAUGUUCACAGAGGAGCUGAAUCAAUAUUUCCAAAGCAUCUUCGAGGCAAAGAUGAAGGACUGCACUUUAGAGUUUGUGUGGGAGGAGCAACAGAAAGAAGAGACUCAGGCUAAUGAACAAAUCCCACGGAAGAACACAGCACUGUGAAAAAAGCUAGACAGUAUGUUUUAUCCUGUGAUUCAGAUCACAGGUGGAUUGUUUUCUUCUUGGUUGAAAUGUAAAUGAUAAUAACAGAACAUAGCUGUCUACCCUUCAAUGCCUCUUAAGAGCACGAUGUUACACUUGAUGUAUUCUAUGUUUUGAUUAUUGUUAACUAUGAAUAAAUAUCGGUUAACUGAA